AUGAAUGAAGGCCCAGACCCCAAGCAUGGACUCGAGGCACUAAACGAAUUUACCUCAGCUUCCUCUGCCGUUGGAUCAAAGUCAUGCAUUCAAGUAUUGAAGAUAUCGGAAGGCCAAUACAAUAAAGUCUUCCAAAUAACCAUGGACGAUGGACACGAAAUUAUAGCGAAGCUCCCAAACCCCAAUGCAGGAAGGCCACAUUUCACGACAGCUAGUGAGGUUGCAACUAUGGAUUUUCUCCCCGUUCCUCGAGUCUACACAUGGAGCUCCCGAGCAUCGGAAAACCCUCUCGGGGCAGAGUACAUUAUCAUGGAGAAACAGGCCGGUGUGGUCCUGACAGAUGUAUGGGACAGCCUCAAAGGGAGGCAGAAGGCCCAAGUCCUGGAUCAGAUAGUUGAUAUCCAACGGCGCCUAGCAGCUGCGAGAUUCGCCAGAUUCGGGUCACUGUACUAUGUGGAUGAUAUUCCCGACAAUGCUGGCGCAGAUUCCUCUCUAUACUCUGACUUUGCGGGGAACGAACUGCGGAGCAAAAGGUUCUGUAUUGGACCAACCAAUCAUCGCUCGUUCUUUGACUUUGGGAGAGGUGAACUGCAUAUCGACCGGGGCCCAUGUAUGUUGAUCACCGCCUUUUGUGAUCUGUCGUCCAAUUUGCUGAUUCGUAUACAUUACCCAGGGUCAACAGUCACUGAGAUGAUAACGGCGAUUGCCAAAAAGGAAAUUGCUACUGCCAAAGCAGGUAUUCGGUAUCCAUUGAUGCCGGAAGGUCUUUUCCAUGGGCCCCGGCAAUACCAACCUAGCAUUUCCAAGAAACUGCCGGCGUUGGAAAACUAUCUCAAGGUAGCGCAACAUGUUCUGCCGGAGAAUCAAGCCACACAUGCAUCAGUUAUAUGGCAUGGAGAUCUCCAUUCGCAGAACAUAUUUGUCAACCCCGAAGAACCAAGCCAGAUUUUUGGGAUCAUCGAUUGGCAGUCAUCCAGUGCGCAUCCGCUUCUUAUGCAGGUUGGGCGCCCUGCAUUUCUCGAUUACAACGGCCCAGUUCCUAAGGAUCUGGGAAAAAUUCCCCUACCGUCAAAUAUUGAUCAGAUGAAUGCAGAUGAACAGCGCAAGGCAAGGGAACUUCAGAGAGCGCAAACUCUGCACAAUCUUUAUCUAGUUCGAUGUCUUCAGGCCAAUGAAACCGUCUUCCAAGCUUUACAGAACCAGAGUACCCUCCGGCAUCAAGUCAGUGUGGUUCCCGGCUUGGUUUUGAUGGAUUACGAGCCGCUCCUGAACAGCUUAUUGAGAGAUGUCCAGAAGGAAUGGGCGCAAAUCGUCGGUAUAGGGGAUGAUGGCAGUUCUCCUCGCAUACCAUGUCCAUUGCAAUUCUCAACCGAAGAUGUUCAGCAGCAAGAAGAAGAUGGUGAACUGUGGGCCCAAGGGAUUGCGCUCAUGGAUACAUUUAUAGCUGACACUGGCUGCUUCAAACAUUGGGAUGGCAGGGCUUUCGACAAUUUAAGCUGGUGA